AAAUUUUUGUGCGGCAGAAGCAGAAAAACUUGGUGGAUUAAGCUAUUUGUAAAUAUUUAUAUGUGCAGCUUAGGAAAAAGUUGCAUUCUAGUUAUUUGUUUUAAUAAAACUCUAUUGCAAAAGUUGUGGCAAUAUUCUAUUGCAAAAUAAAGUCUUAAGAAAUUUACAUUGUAGCGGUGUUUGUGAACAAACAGUUCAACAUAGAAUUUGUAACAAAUUUUUAGCGGCUUUUGCAGGUAUCCUGUCUAUAAUACAACUCACACACAAAGUGCGCCAUGGCGCUGCAAUCAAUAAGACAAUUUUAUCUUGAAAUACCACCAGUAACACGUUGCUAUACGACGGCAUGUGUUAUCACAACAUUGGCAGUGCAUUUGGAUUUAGUUUCUCCCCUACAAUUGUACUUUAAUCCCAUCUUGAUUAUACGUAAAUUGCAAUUAUGGCGUUUGGCUACUACGUUUUUGUUUUUCGGUUCGGUGGGCAUAAGUUUCUUUUUCAACAUGGUCUUUACAUACCGCUACUGUCGGAUGCUGGAGGAGGGUUCCUUCCGUGGUCGUAGCUCUGAUUUUGUUAUGAUGUUCCUGUUUGGUGGUGCCCUUAUGACAUUCUUUGGUUUGUUUGUGAAUUUGUUGUUUUUGGGUCAGGCCUUUACGCUGAUGUUGGUUUAUGUGUGGUCGAGAAGGAAUCCAUUUGUACGUAUGAAUUUCUUUGGUGUUAUGAAUUUUCAGGCUCCCUACUUACCCUGGGUAUUGUUAUGCUGUUCCAUGAUCUUGGGCAAUACUAUAUGGGUGGAUAUUAUAGGCAUGGGUGUGGGUCAUAUUUAUUAUUUCCUAGAAGAUGUAUUUCCAUUCCAAAGAAGCGGCUAUAAAAUGUUAAAAACACCGAAUUUUUUGAAAGUACUAUUUAAUGAACAUAUUGAUCGUAAUUACCAGCCAUUACCAGAAGAUCGUCCCGGUGGUUUUAACUGGGGUGGUGAAGAAGCCGAGCAACAGCAACCAGCAGCCGAAGGUAAUAAUGAUGAAGCCACAGCAGCUGCAGAUGUUGCACAAAAUCCCGUAGAAAACAAUGACCAAAGAGCGGCAAGACCAGCACAAAAUUAAUUCUUAAUAAGUAGAGUAAAAUUUUGAAACAACAAAAUAAAAUAAAACACAAAUAGCCCGCCGUGUUUUGCCGUGUACAAAAUAAGAAACAAAAACUCUAAAAAAGGAAGAAACAAACAAAACAUUUCCUAAACUUUAAAACAAUAUUAAUUUUGUUAAUUUUUUUGUCGUUUUAUUUUAAACUAUUAAUGAUGAAAUAUGUUCUUUGGUAAUCAAUAGUUUUUGGGGUAAUGUUUUAUUUAAUUUAAUGAAUUUAAUUUUUUUUAUAUCAUUAAUAAAAUAACAAACAAAAAUUUGGGGGAAUUGAGUGAAAAAGUCUAUACUUAAUUAAUAAAAAAAGAAACAUAUAACACUAAGAAAACAAGUUAAACUGUGUAUAACAUAAAAAAACAAUAAAUUUUUUUAAGUAAAUAAAACACAAUAAAUUUUUAAAGAAAACUUCA